CAGGAAGAUGAACAGAACUUAACUACAUUUUAGGACUUGGCUCCUGAUGGGCUGGAUUUUGUCUGGGCAGGAGUUUUUGAAGAUUCACGCAGUGAAAGAAGAAACAGCCAAUGGCUUCAGAAUCCAUGGUCCCAGAGCAAGCAAAACAACAUCUGAUAAAGGGAAAAAGGCGGCAGCAACAGCAGCAGCAGCAGCAAACUAGAUCUUCCAACAGUGAUGGUGAAGAUGACACCUUUGUAUUUGAAGCAAAUGAGGCUUGGAAGGAUUUUCACAGCUCUCUUCUUCACUUCUUUGAAGCUGGAGAGCUCUGCGAUGUUACACUGAAGGUUGGUUCAAAGCUUAUCUCCUGCCACAAACUGGUGCUAGCUUGUGUUAUACCUUACUUCAGGGCCAUGUUUCUUUCGGAAAUGGCGGAAGCCAAGCAGACAUUGAUCGAGAUCAGGGACUUUGACGGUGAUGCAAUAGAAGACCUAGUGAAGUUUGUGUACUCCUCCCGGCUUACUCUGACAGUGGAUAACGUCCAGCCUCUCUUGUACGCUGCUUGCAUUCUUCAGGUGGAACUGGUAGCAAAGGCGUGCUGUGAAUACAUGAAGCUGCACUUCCAUCCCUCCAACUGCCUGGCAGUCAGGGCAUUUGCGGAGAGUCACAACCGCAUUGAUUUGAUGGACAUGGCUGAUCAGUAUGCUUGUGAACAUUUUACAGAAGUGGUGGAGUGCGAAGACUUUGUGAGCGUGUCACCACAGCACCUCCAUAAACUCCUGUCCUCCAGUGACCUGAAUAUUGAAAAUGAAAAGCAAGUUUACAACGCUGCUAUCAAGUGGUUGCUAGCCAAUCCACAGCAUCAUGCUACGUGGCUGGAUGAAAUACUUGCACAGGUACGGCUGCCUCUCUUGCCCAUUUGUUUCCUUAUGGGUGUUGUGGCAAAGGAAGAGAUUGUCAAGCAGAAUCUAAAAUGUAGGGAUUUGCUGGAUGAAGCAAGAAACUACCACCUUCACCUGAGCAGCAGGGCAGUGCCAGACUUUGAGUACUCCAUUCGCACAACACCAAGGAAGCAGACUGCUGGUGUGCUGUUCUGCGUUGGUGGUAGAGGUGGCUCGGGUGACCCAUUUCGCAGCAUUGAAUGUUACUCUAUCAGUAAGAACAACUGGUUCUUCGGCCCUGAAAUGAACAGCAGGAGAAGGCACGUGGGUGUAAUCUCUGUGGGAGGUAAAGUCUACGCAGUAGGUGGACAUGAUGGAAAUGAACACUUAGGAAGCAUGGAAGUGUUUGAUCCUCUCACAAACAAGUGGAUGAUGAAGGCAUCAAUGAACACGAAGAGGAGAGGAAUUGCUCUUGCCUCCCUUGGUGGCCCCAUUUACGCUAUAGGAGGUUUAGAUGACAACACUUGCUUCAGUGAUGUGGAAAGAUACGAUGUUGAUUCUGAUCAAUGGAGUGCAGUCGCCCCAAUGAACACUCCGAGGGGAGGAGUCGGCUCUGUAGCCCUUGUGAACCAUGUUUACGCUGUGGGCGGCAAUGACGGUGUAGCAUCUCUUUCCAGUGUGGAGAAAUACGAUCCCCAUUUGGAUAAGUGGAUAGAAGUGAAAGAGAUGGGUCAGCGAAGAGCUGGCAAUGGUGUCAGCGAGCUCCAUGGCUGCUUGUAUGUUGUCGGUGGCUUUGAUGACAACUCUCCACUGAGCUCGGUAGAGCGGUUUGACCCACGCAGUAACAAAUGGGAAUAUGUAGCAGAGCUUACAACUCCGAGGGGUGGCGUUGGCAUAGCGACACUGAUGGGUAAAAUUUUUGCAGUUGGAGGUCAUAAUGGCAAUGCGUACCUGAAUACAGUGGAAGCAUUUGACCCCAUAGGGAAUAGGUGGGAACUGGUCGGCUCUGUGUCACACUGCAGGGCAGGGGCAGGCGUGGCUGUGUGCUCUUGUCUCAGCACCCAGAUCCGGGACGUGGGCCAAGGAUCCAGCAAUGUCGUUGACUGCAUGUGA